AUGUCGAGUUCCCCCGCGCUGCGCUGCGCUGCUGUGAUCACAGGUGCAUCCUCUGAGUUGCCUAGCUCGGACCUGCGGACCCGAAAACACGGCACUCGGAGCCCCGCGUCCCAGAUCGCGCUGCGGUAUGACCCGUGCAGGAGCUACGCCACGACAGGCUGCUCUCUGAUGCUCCAUCACACAGAAAAGACAAAGCAUGAAGAGAUCUGUGAGUAUCGUCCCUACUCCUGCCCGUGCCCGGGUGCCUCCUGUAAAUGGCAGGGAUCCUUGGAAGCCGUGAUGUCCCACCUCAUGCACGUCCACAAAAGCAUUACCACCCUUCAGGGAGAAGACAUCGUUUUUCUUGCCACAGACAUUAACCUUCCAGGUGCGGUUGACUGGGUGAUGAUGCAGUCGUGCUUUGGUCACCACUUCAUGCUGGUGCUGGAGAAACAAGAGAAGUACGAAGGUCACCAGCAGUUUUUCGCCAUCGUGCUGCUCAUCGGCACCCGUAAGCAAGCGGAGAACUUUGCAUACAGACUGGAGCUGAAUGGCAACCGCCGCCGGCUGACCUGGGAGGCAACGCCGCGCUCCAUCCAUGACGGGGUGCCUGCGGCCAUUCUGAACAGCGACUGCCUAGUUUUUGACACGGCUAUAGCGCACCUUUUUGCUGACAACGGAAACCUCGGCAUUAACGUGACUAUUUCUACGUGUUGUCCGUGAUGUAUUUGCG